GCUUCGGCGGAGCGCGCGGGCCUCGGCCUCCCGCCGGCGAGCGCCUUGGAUCCCUCAGCGUACUGCGAGCCGCCGGUGUACAGCCCGGACCUGUGCCCCAACAUGAUCGCCGCGCAGGCCAAGCUGGUGUACCAGCUCAAUAAGUACUACACCGAGCGCUGCCAGGCGCGCAAGGCCGCCAUCGCCAAGACCAUCCGCGAGGUGUGCAAGGUCGUGUCGGACGUGCUCAAGGAGGUGGAGGUGCAGGAGCCGCGCUUCAUCAGCUCCCUGAGCGAGAUCGACGCGCGCUACGAGGGCCUGGAGGUGAUCUCGCCCACCGAGUUCGAGGUGGUGCUGUACCUCAACCAGAUGGGCGUGUUCAACUUCGUGGACGACGGCUCGCUGCCCGGCUGCGCCGUGCUCAAGCUCAGCGACGGCCGCAAGCGCAGCAUGUCGCUGUGGGUGGAGUUCAUCACGGCCUCCGGCUACCUCUCGGCGCGCAAGAUCCGCUCGCGCUUCCAGACGCUGGUGGCCCAGGCGGUGGACAAGUGCAGCUACCGGGACGUGGUCAAGAUGAUCGCCGACACCAGCGAGGUCAAGCUGCGCAUCCGCGAGCGCUACGUGGUGCAGAUCACGCCCGCCUUCAAGUGCACGGGCAUCUGGCCGCGCAGCGCGGCGCAGUGGCCCCUGCCGCACAUCCCCUGGCCCGGCCCCAACCGCGUGGCGGAGGUCAAGGCCGAGGGCUUCAACCUGCUCUCCAAGGAGUGCUACUCGCUGACGGGCAAGCAGAGCUCGGCCGAGAGCGACGCCUGGGUGCUGCAGUUCGGCGAGGCGGAGAACCGGCUGCUGAUGGGCGGCUGCCGGAACAAGUGCCUGUCGGUGCUCAAGACGCUGCGGGACCGCCACCUGGAGCUGCCGGGCCAGCCGCUCAACAACUACCACAUGAAGACGCUGCUGCUGUACGAGUGCGAGAAGCACCCGCGCGAGACCGACUGGGACGAGGCGUGCCUGGGCGACCGGCUCAACGGCAUCCUGCUGCAGCUCAUCUCCUGCCUGCAGUGCCGCCGCUGCCCGCACUACUUCCUGCCCAACCUCGACCUCUUCCAGGGCAAGCCGCACUCGGCCCUGGAGAGCGCCGCCAAGCAGACCUGGCGGCUGGCGCGCGAGAUCCUCACCAACCCCAAGAGCCUGGACAAGCUGUAGCGCGGCCGGCGAGGAGGACAGCGCGCAGCGCGGCGGGCGCCGACGGAAGAGCGCGUCCCGCAGAGAGCGG